AUGGAAAAAAAAAUUGAUAAUAAUAUCAAGAGAGAUAAUUUAUUUAGAACUAAUAAUGUAGAUAAGAAAAAGGGUGAAGAAAAAAAGAAGGAUCUCAUUUCCAAAAAAAAUAAAAAUAAAAAUAGUUCUCCAAAUAACAAUAAUAAAAAUAAUGAUAAGAAUAAUAUUAAGAAUAAUGUGUUGAAAAAUAAUUCCUUAUUUAAUAAUAAAAAAAAACAUUACCUUUAUGAUGUUGAUAAGACUUUAUUAAAUAAAGAUAUAAAUUGCAUUAAUUAUACAUAUAAAAACCUUAACGAGCAAAAACAAAAUUCUCCAAAUACAAUAAACGUUAAUAUAAAUGAUAAGGAUUAUGAUGAGAACCAAAAAAUUAUGGAUUUAUUUUCUAUAGAAAAAAAAAUAAAAAAUAAAUAUAUCCCAAAUAAAAAUCAUAUGAACAAAUAUAAUAAUAAUAAUAAUAAUGAUAAUCAUAAUAAUCAAAAUAAAUCAGAUGAUAACUUUGUUCAUUCAAUAAUUCAUGAUACCUUUUUAAAUACAUCUCUUCAAACAACUAAUAAAAACACUUUGACAAGUAUAAAAAUAAACAAAGGUGUUAAAAAAAAGACUUUUACAAACAAAGAUAAAAAAUAUUAUAAUGAUGAUAGUAUAAAAACAAAAGAAAACAAAAAAAAUAAAAUCAGUAAUAAUCAUGUGAUUAAUGAUGAUAAUAAUGAUGUAAUUAAUGAUGAUAAUAAUGAUGUAAUUAAUGAUGAUAAUAAUGAUGUGAUUAAUGAUGAUAAUAAUGUUUAUAAUAUUAAUAUAAAAAAAAAUAAUUAUGCAAAUAUAAAUAUAAAUACUCACCUACAAAAUAAUAAUUCUCAAAUAAAAGCAAACCAUAAAAAAGAAAAAUCAUUUAAAGAUUGUAAAAAAGAAUUAUAUACAAAUGUAAAAGAUAAAAUAACACUACAACAUAAACAAAAUAAAAAAUAUAUAGAUAAUUCUAUACAAAGCACUCUAAAUCAUAGUGAACAUAAAUCUCUUCAAAAAAACAUACAUAUAUAUAAUAAUAAACAUACACAAACUAGUAAAGCUUAUAAUAUUCAAGAGCUGCAUAAUUUUUCUAUAAUUCAUUCAAAACAAAUUUUACAAACAGCCUUAAUACAAAUUACAUAUAAACAAAAUGUAAUCCAAAUGAAAAACAAAAAAGAAGAAAUUAUAAAUAAGGAUCAAAUUAAUAAACUUAACUUUUCUAUAUUAACAAGACGUCAACAAAAUAAUCUCCACAUUAUGAAUACAAAUAAAUCAAUCCAUGGAGUUCUACAAAUAUUUAACAAAAUAAAUACAUUUGCCAUGUCCAAUAACAUAAUUAAUAUUUUGAUCAAGAAAAAUGUUGAAACCUAUAAUGAGAAAAAAAAACUCAAAGAAAAAGAAAAAAUAAUAUGGUUUAAUGAGCUCAAAACAUAUUUACUGAAAAAUACGUUGGCCCUUCUUGCAGCAGAAAAGAUCGUUUCCUAUAUUGUAGAUGAAUUAAUCGAAGAAUCUACCGAGAAAUUGAAUUCUCAACAUAAUGAAGAUAUAAGUAAAAUAAAAGAAAAAAUUCACAUCCACAAGAUUGCCUUAUAUCAAAAGAGAAAAAUGGAUAAGGGUUACCUCACCUUUGUGUUUAAUGACGGAACAACAACUGUUUACAUACCCACAAAAAUAAAAUACCAUAUGAAUUUAUGUGCACUUAUAAAAAAAAUUAAAAAUUAUAUAAAUGAGAAACUAGAAUACAUAAAGAAGGAACAUGAUAUAAGCACGUUAUGUAUAAA